UUGGGAGGGGCCAAGGAAAAGCUGUAGUUUUAUUGAAUAGGGCUGUGUGUGAGGCUGCUGGUGUGCCUUUCUUGCUGUGCUCCUGCCCAAGCAGCCAGUUAUUCAUUUCCUUCCUACUAGUUGAAAACUUUUCAGCCAGAGUGCCUGUGAUAACCAUUUGGUUACUCAAAGAACUCCUUGGGAGCAGAAGAGGCAGCAUCUUCGAGUCUCAGGCACAUCUUAACUGUCAUCACCUCAGUUUUCUGGAGUCAUCAUUUUGAAUUCAUCAGCAUCGGGCUUGUUACUGGAAAACUCAGAAUAUUUCCUCUGAUUGCCUUCCCAUUUGGAUCUUUCCAGAGCUCUGAACACUUGAACACCCACCAUGGAUGACUUUGAACGCCGCAGAGAACUCAGGAGGCAAAAGCGUGAAGAAAUGCGCCUUGAAGCAGAGAGGCUGUCAUAUCAGAGAAAUGAUGAUGAUGAGGAAGAAGCUGCCAGAGAACGUCGCCGACGGGCUCGACAAGAGAGACUGCGGCAAAAGGAAGAAGGAGAUCUACUGGCGGAAGGAACAGAGAAAUCAGAAGUUAAUGCCCAAAACAAUGUGGCAGAAGAGGAAACCAAGCGCACUACAACCACAAGGGGAGCAGAUGAUGAAGCUGCAUUGUUGGAGAGACUGGCAAGACGAGAGGAGAGACGCCAAAAACGUCUACAGGAAGCCCUGGAACGUCAAAAGGAACUUGACCCCACGAUCACAGAUGGGAGCUUGUCCAGCGGGAGAGAAGUAAACAAUGUGGAAGAAAACGAGACCACGGGGAAAGAGGAAAAGGCUGAAACACGCCGAGGACGCUAUGAGACUGAGGAAACAGAAACGGUUACCAAAUCAUACCAAAGGAACAACUGGAGGCAAGAUGGGGAAGAAGAGGAAAAAAAAGAAGAAAAAGACAAGGAGGUGGUACAGGAGGAGAAAGCAAAGGAGGUCGCCAUAGAGGAAAAUCAGGUAGAUGUGACAGCAGAAAACUCCACAGAUAAAGAAGAGGUAGUAGAAACAAAAAAUUUAGCUAUAAAUGCAGAGGAGCACAAAGCUGAGAAUGACACAAAUGCUGUGCCGGAAGGGGAGCAGAGUGUAACUGAUGCUGUAGAUAAAGAGAAGCUUAGGGAUGAGGAAAAGGCUGAGGAAGACAGGAAGAAAGCAGAAGAAAUGGAGAGGUUAAAAGCAGAGGAAGAAAAGAAGGCAGCUGAGGAAAAACAGAAAGCAGAGGAGGAGAAGAGGGCUGCUGAGGAAAGAGAGAGGGCUAAAGCAGAGGAGGAGAAGAGGGCAGCUGAGGAAAGAGAGAAGGCUAAGGCAGAAGAGGAGAAGAGGGCAGCUGAGGAAAGAGAGAAGGCUAAAGCAGAAGAGGAGAAGAGGGCAGCUGAGGAAAGAGAGAGGGCUAAAGCAGAAGAGGAAAAGAGGGCAGCUGAGGAAAGAGAGAAGGCUAAGGCAGAAGAGGAAAAGAGGGCAGCUGCAGAAAAGGCUAAGCUAGAAGCAGAGAAAUUAAAGGAAAAAGAAAAAAUUGAAGAGAAGAAAAUAGAAGAUAAACAGGUAAAAGAGAAGAAAGUACAAGAGGAAAAACCUCAAUCAGCUUCCCUUAGAAAACAGGGUGAAGAAAAAGAGGUUAAAGCGGAAGCUAUAAAGGAAAAGUUACCAGAUAAGAAGCUUGGACCUACCUCCCAAAAAGAUCAGGUAAAAGAUGACAAGGACAAAGAAAAAGCACCCAAAGAUGAAAUGAAAAGUAUCUGGGAUCGUAAGAGAGGAGUUCCUGAACAAAAGGCACAGAAUGGAGAACGUGAACUCAGUGCUCCAAAACUUAAAUCUACUGAGAAUGCUUUUGGGCGCUCCAAUUUGAAAGGGACUGCAAAUGUGGAUGAAGCAAAGCUGAAAGAGAAGCAGCAGGAAGCAGCAGCAGAGCUGGAUGAACUGAAGAAAAGGCGGGAGGAACGCCGGAAAAUCUUGGAGGAAGAGGAGCAAAAGAAGAAGCAAGAGGAGGCUGAGAGAAAAGUCAGGGAGGAGGAGGAAAAGAGAAGGAUGAAGGAAGAAAUUGAAAGGAGAAGGGCUGAAGCUGCUGAGAAACGUCAAAAGAUGCCAGAAGAUGGUGUAUCUGAAGACAAGAAGCCCUUUAAAUGUUUCAGUCCUAAAGGUUCAUCUCUCAAGAUAGAGGAGAGAGCAGAAUUUUUGAACAAAUCCGCUCAAAAGAGUGGUAUGAAACCCACCCACACAACAGCAGUUGUCUCAAAGAUCGAUAGUAGACUUGAGCAAUACACUAGUGCGAUUGAGGGCACAAAGGCUGCAAGACCAGCUAAGGCCUCCGACCUUCAUGUUCCAGCUGAGGGUGUCCGUAAUAUCAAGAGCAUGUGGGAGAAAGGGAAUGUUUUUUCGUCACCCUCUGGGACAGGAACACCAAAUAAGGAAACUGCUGGAUUGAAGGUUGGUGUCUCCAGUCGUAUCAACGAGUGGUUAACAAAGACCCCGGAUAGCAACAAAUCACCUGCUCCAAAACCUUCUGAUUUAAAACCAGGAGAUGUAUCUGGAAAACGUAAUCUGUGGGAGAAGCAGUCAGUUGAAAAGUCAUCUUCUUCUUCUAAGGUAUCAGCUAUGGGGAAAAAAUCAGAGACUAAUGCAGGUUUGAGACAAUUUGAGAAAGAACCAUAGAAGGCCACUAAAGAUGCUGGACCAAUCAGCUAGGGGGAAGAGGAAAGAAAAAAAAAGGAAAAAGUGCUAAAUUGUUCUUUUUAUAUUUAUGUUUAUUUACCAAAAUGUCUUUUUGCAUUAUCCCAGUUAAAACCAUGUAUAUUAGCACUGUAUUUAAUAAUCAGUCUAGACAUUCAUCAUAAUAGUACUGCCUUUGCACAAGAGCCUUUACUCCUAAAGAAACCCAUGCUGUGAAAUAUAUAGACUCUCCUACUGAUAGUCAUAACUAUGUAUCUGAACAGUGAUUUCAACUGGCAAAAGAAGUCAACAUAAAAUGUAUGUAAAGUGAAGUUGUUUGAGAAAGAUGUGCAGUAAACCUAUAAAAACAAUGGUUAAUUUUGUAAUACAGAAGUCUUUCUUUCUGCACUUUAGACUAAGGCAUGGAAGAAAUAUCUUUAGUUGACAAUGUAAUAUUUUCUGUAAGUUGCCCAUGUCAUGAGAAAUACUGCAUCAAUAUCAUGUUUUAAUUUUUCUUUUGUUUUAUACUUUUUUUAAGUAUCAUUUUUUUUCCAUUCUAGUUUAAGUUAAUAGCUAAAUUUGGAUGAUUAUGUUAGCUGACAGCGGUACUGAUAUUUCUUUUUGUUGUUAGUCACUAGUAAUUGAAUGCAAUUUAGAAUAUAUACACACAUAGCUUUACAAAGUUUAGCCUAAAGGCACUACUAAUGGUAGAAUGCUUUAAUACGUGCUAGAGUAUUUAGUAAUAAACAUACAUACUUAGCCAAUAUCACAGCUUUAAAAAAUAAAGACAAAAUCACACACUUUUCUAUAGCAAGAUUUCAUAAUUGCCAUUAGAGGUAUGGUGAGAUAAGUAUUAAAAAUUUUUAAAUGUCAGUUGCCCAGUAAUGGGUAAUGAAAAAGAAAGUAUAGUUUUUAAAAAAGGAAAAGGUAAGGGUAUAGAGGGUCAAAAGUAGGUCACUUGUAUAAAACCUUGUAGUUUAAUUUAUAUAAAACUACCAUAAUUAAAAAGAAAAAAAAACCCUAAAUGCAGUUGGAGCUUGUUUCAAAUGACUGUACACUAAAUCUUGCCAUCCGCCAGUGCUGUACACUAAGUCCACCUGAAAUGAAGUAAACCUCUAUCUUUACAGUGAUUCUUUUAAAUCCUCUCUCCUGAAUAUCUUAUUUACUGAUGUUUUGAUUUGUAUAUAGUAAACACAUGACUAUAAGACGUCAGCUUGGUUUGAAUUUAUAUGCCAUACAGUUUAGCAUUUACAUCCUACAGUGUAUGGGUGGCAUAAACUGAGCAACUGAAGUAGCCCCUGAGCAUAUUAUCAGCUUUGUUGUGCAUGAGAUCUACCAGGAUCUCCCUUUUCACUGCUUCCAUCUCUUACAGCAUCUGACUUCUUCCUAAAGAAGGAUAAGAUUAUAUUGCAACCCAAAGAUGAGCUUCCCUACUUGGCUGAAAGAUCUUGUUUACAUAUAGAGAUGCACACAGUUAUCUGAAGGAGGUGAAUGUGCCUGACAUUGUCUGUGAGUUGUCAUGUUUUUUUGUUUGGUGGUUUUGUAAACACUCCUCUCAGUCUUUCAAAUACAUCCGAUAGCUGCAAUAAAAAUGAUUUAUUCAAACAAUGUAUUCUGAAACUGCAUCCACAAUAAAUGGAGUAUUUCCAUCAGCA